AUGAAUAGAAAAAUUGCUUCAGUUAUAGUUUUCGGAGACAUAGCUAGAUCACCUAGAAUGCAAAAUCAUGCAAUAUAAUUAUCUAAAUAUGGUUAUUAUGUAUAUUUUGUAGGAUAUGAAGAAAACAAAGUUCAUGAUAAAAUAAAAGAAAAUAAAAAUAUUUAAAUAAUUGAUAUUUAAUCAUAAAUAGUUAAUAAAUUAAAGAGACUUCCAAAAAUAUUAUAUUUAGUAUAUGCAUUGUUUAGAAUAUUAAUAUAAAUUUUAUAGCUUUUUCAUAUUUAUUUAUUUUAAAUACAAAAACCAUAAUUUGUAAUAAUUCAAAAUCCACCUUCUAUUCCUGUACUUUCAACUUUAUAUGUUAUUUGCCGACUGAAAUAAAUAAAAAUGAUUAUAGAUUUUCACAAUUAUGGUUUUACAAUAUUACAAUUAUCAUUAAAAAACUCUUUAAUAUUUAGACUUGCAAAAAAAUACGAAAAAUAUUUUGCUUCAAAAUGUGAUUAAGCAUUUUGUGUUUCAAAAUAAAUGUAAAAAGACUUAUCUUAAAAUUGGUAAAUAAAAGCAUAAGUACUUUAUGAUAAAGCUAACCUUGAAGUCUUUUCUCCUUAAAUUUUAUCCGAAAAUGAAAAGCCUUCUUUUUUGAAAAAACUAGGUUUUCUAAAAUAAAAAAAGGACACUUUAAUAUUAAUAAGUAGUACAUCUUGGACAAAAGAUGAAGAUUUUAAUAUAUUAAUUGAAGCUAUGGAAAAAUACGAAAAAUCAGACUAUGUAUAUUCUUAAGAAUCUUCUUAUCCGAAACUUUGUUUAUUUAUUACAGGAAAAGGUCCGGAAAAAGAGAAAUAUGAAUAGAUUAUUACUUAAAGAUAAAGUACUUGGAAAAAUAUAAUGAUAUAAACUGUUUGGCUUUAGCCUGAAGAUUAUCCGAAACUUUUAGUUUGCGCUGAUUUUGGUAUUUGUUUACACUAUUCAUCUUCAGGAUUAGAUUUGCCUAUGAAAGUUGUGGAUAUGUUCUCAUCUGGUUUACCUGUUUUUGCCAUUGAUUAUGAUUGGUAUUUUGUUUGUUUAUUUUGUCUGUUUAAUUUUUAUUUUAUUUUUAGUAUUCAUGAAUUAGUUGAAGAUAAAAAAAAUGGUUUUGUUUUUAAAAAUUCUGAUGAUUUAGAAUUAUUAUUUAAAAAAUACUUUUAAUAUAAUUAAGAAAAUAAAAAUUUAAUCUAAAAUUUAUAAAAAAAUGUUAAAGAUUUUAGUAACUAAACUUUUGAAGAAGUUGAUGAAUGA